AUCGUUCCAGCAGUAACAGUACCAGCAGUAACAGUUCCAGCAGUAGCAGUACCAGCGGUAACAGUUCCAGCAGUAACAGUACCAGCAGUAACAGUACCAGCAGUAACAGUACCAGCGGUAACAGUUCCUGCAGUAACAGUACCAGCAGUAACAGUUCCAGCGGAAACAGUACCAGCGGUAACAGUUCCAGCUGUAACAGUACCAGCGGUAACAGUUCCAGCGGAAACAGUACCAGCAGUAACAGUUCCAGCGGUAACAGUUCCAGCGGUAACAGUACCAGCGGUAACAGUUCCAGCGGAAACAGUACCAGCGGUAUCUGUACCAGCAGUAACAGUUCCACAGGAAACAGUUCCAACGGUAACAGUUCCAGCAGAAACAGUACCAGCGGGAACAGUUCCAGCGGAAACAGUACCAGCAUAAGCAGUAACAGUUCCAGCGGUAACAGUUCCAGCAGUAACAGUUCCAGCAGUAACAGUUCCAGCGGUAACAGUACCAGCAGUAACAGUACCAGCGGAAACAGUACCAGCGGUAACAGUACAAGCAGUAACAGUUCCAGCGGAAACAGUACCAGCGGUAACAGUUCCAGCGGUAACAGUACCAGCAGUAACAGUACCAGCGGUAACAGUUCCAGCAGUAACAGUACCAGCGGUAACAGUUCCAGCAGUAACAGUUCCAGCGGAAACAGUACCAGCGGUAACAGUUCCAGCGGUAACAGUACCAGCAGUAACAGUACCAGCGGAAACAGUACCAGCGGUAACAGUACAAGCAGUAACAGUUCCAGCGGAAACAGUACCAGCGGUAACAGUUCCAGCGGUAACAGUACCAGCAGUAACAGUACCAGCGGUAACAGUUCCAGCAGUAACAGUACCAGCGGUAACAGUUCCAGCAGUAACAGUUCCAGCGGAAACAGUACCAGCGGGAACAGUUCCAGCAGUAACAGUACCAGCGGUAACAGUUCCAGCGGUACCAGUGGUAACAGUUCCAGCAGUAACAGUACCAGCGGUAACAGUUCCAGCAGUAACAGCUUAUUUACCAAUGUUAUUUCACUGUUUUCAACACAUCAUUAUGUUGGUACAAUUCACCAACAUGAAGUAUUUUACUUGUUUGUUAAUGUGGAACUGUUUCUGAAAUUAUAAUGAUGCCACA